UAUGUUGUGCAAAAACCACGAACGCAAUUCGGAUAUCACGAUUUUUAUUUUUGUAUUCUGGGAUGUUUGUAUAUUCGUAUGCUGCCAGUCUCACAUAUCUCACUGUUUGUGUUAUUGCCUAUAUAAUAUAAUAUAAUAAUCAGUCUGACAAAAUAGCGUAUCGUUUUAUGCGUUUCGCUAAUAAAAUACUACCCGCUAAAAUAUUUGAACAAUUAAUUGGGAUACUGAAUUAUUUGGUUGUGCUAUUGAUGAAGAUUCAAUAAUAAAAUGGACACCGAUCUCAAUAGACUAUAGUACCUAUAUGCGACAUUUGGGCUUCAGGCACAAUAUCCUUUCUUUCGUUUACUUUCAUGCAAAGUACUGUGUAUACUAUUACUUAUUAGUAUAGCGUUCAUUAAAUGUGACAAAUAAUUGAAUACUUUAAUAAAUGAGUGUAAUGACUGAGUCGUUUAUACAUUUUUUACAUUUUUCACUCACUUAUACUAUUUGCAGUGUCACAAUUUCUCGAAAAAUGCUUAGAAAUUACGGCCAGCUCAGUCGUUCAUUUUGUAGUUUUGUAAUAAUUAUUCAUAGACCAUUUAGCUUAUAUUUAUAGACCGACGGGAAUACUUCGGACGGCUAACAUUAUUCAAAUAAUAAAAGAAAAACAUAUGAUUUUAUCACAUCCCAUUACUGUGCCACUGCCGCUAUAUUUACAUGUGCGGCUGCUGUCUCGUAUUUUUAAUAGUCAGUAUAGAGGUGGGCCAUAGCCUUUUUUCAAAGACCAUUUAAUUUGCACUAAAUUUUAAGUGAAUCCAGUGUAAAGUUAAUAAAAUUGAAAAUUGAGAUACAUUUUUUUUUUAUCAAUAUUUGUUUCAAAAAUUAAGUUUACUUUUUUAAUUUACCUACUGCAUUCUAAUAUGACAACAAUAUUAAAGUAUCCGAAAUCAGUUUGGUAUAUAAUCGGAAAUGAGUUUUGCGAAAGAUUUAGUUAUUUUGGACUUAAAGCUGUAUUGGUUUUAUUUUUCACGACGAUACAAGAAUAUGACCAUGAUACUUCCACGAUUAUAUUUCAUAUGUUUUUAGUCUGUGCAUACUUAUCACCAUUGUUUGGUGCCAUCAUUGCAGAUUCAUAUUGGGGGAAAUAUAAAACCAUCUUUAUCUUAUCUAUUGUACAUGCGAUAGGAAAUAUCUUAGUGGCUGUUGCAUCGUUUGUCACAUCGAUAAGUUUAAAUUUCCAAAGAUUAUUUACGAUAGUUGGUCUACUGUUAACAUCAAUUGGAGCAGGUGGUAUAAAACCGUGCGUCUCUUCUUUUGGCGGUGACCAGUUCGUAAUACCAGAUCAAGAGGAUCAUCUGCAAAAGUUCUUUUCUGUAUUUUACUUUACUAUUAAUGCGGGGUCAUUGUUGUCGACGUUCAUUACACCAGAGCUGAGGAAAUCAGUCCAAUGUUUUAGAAGAGAUUCAUGUUUUCCAUUAGCAUUUGGGAUUCCUGCUAUACUUAUGUUGAUCUCAAUAGUAUUCUUCGUAAGUGGAAAAAGUAUGUAUAAGAUCAAGAAACCCGUGUCCAGUAUCAUCACAACUUCAAUUGGAUGCAUGUUUUACGCAUUGAAAAAAAAAAUAACAGCUUCUUCAAAUGAACCGAAAAGAAAAGAUUGGUUAGAAUAUUCCGAUGAUAAGUACAAUACACAUGAAAUAUCUGAAUUGAGAUCAGCGUUGGACGUUAUGUAUUUGUUAAUUCCAAUUCCGUUGUUUUACACACUUUUUGAUCAACAAGGGUCUCGUUGGACAUUGCAAGGAACACUAAUGAAUGGCAAGAUAGAUUUUUUGAAUUGGUCAAUCAAACCUGAUCAAGUACAUUUAAUUAAUCCGUUAUUCGUUUUGGUAUUCAUACCACUUUUUAAUGGUGUUGUCUAUCCAAUCUUGUAUAAAAUCGGUAUCAAUACACCUUUAAAAAAAGUCACUCUAGGUGGCCUAUUUGCUGCAUCAUCGUUUGUAUGUGCUGCUGUCGUGCAGUGUAUUAUUAUUGGUCAAACCUCAGUACUAGCGUCAAAUGAAGGUCAAUUAAGAAUAUUCAAUAAUUUUGAUUGCGGUGUAGCCAUGUCUGGUUCUUUGGUUGGAAACUUCAGUAUUGAACCAUUAGAUGUACUUCAUAUUAAUUAUAGUUCAGCUGUAUUUAAUGAAACUGAUGUUCUAUCUAUAAACGUAGAACCUACGUGCCAAUUAUUAAAAACGGGUACACUGAAACAACGUGUUUUUAUCGUCAAAGGAGGGGUUUCGUUUUAUUUAUUAACAUCUAAAAAACAUGAUGAUAUUGAAUUAAAAUAUUUAAACGAAUUGAGGAAAUUAAGGAGUGGAAAUUCAAAUCUCAGGAUUUCCUACAGUGAUAAUUUAUCCGGGAAAAGCAUUACACUAAGAAAUACUGAUAAUAAAUUGUCUGACAUAAAUAAUUUUCAAUUGCCAUUAAACAAAAAUACAAACCACGAAAUACCUGUCGGAACCUAUGAUAUAUAUUUAGACAAUGAACACAUUUUGGUAACGAUAGAUUUACUGCCGGCUAGUGUUAAUGAGCUAAUAUUUCACCAACGUUUUAACCAUACGACAGCCAAGUUGAUUACUUUAGAAAAUGGAAAAUAUAUACAUAUUCUAUGGCAAGUUCCUCAAACGCUUUUCAUAACAAUAGCUGAAGUUAUGAUCGUCGUUACAUUAUUGGAGUUUACGUUCACUCAAGCUCCAUUAAGUAUGAAGUCUUUUAUAUCUGCAGCCAAUUUAUGUACACAAGCAGUUGGCAAUUUAAUUAUCGUCAUCAUAUCUAAGAUUGGAUUGUUUGAGAAUCAAGUUCAUGAGUAUAUAUUUUACGUAAUAUUAGUAGUUUUAGGUGUCAUAAUAUUUAUGUUGAUGAGUUCCAAGUAUAAAUAUAAAUAUGUAACAGAAAAUCAAUCUAAAUAAUGAGUGAUAUUUUUGAAUAUUUACAAUAUUUAGUUGCAGCAACAUAAAAUAUCGACAUUUGAGGAAAGUAACUCAAUUAAAUAUUGAGAGGAUUUUAUUUUUUAAUAAUUUUUAAUUGCUCAUAAUAUUUUAUAUCAAUUGUUAACUGUUAUUUACCUGUA